GUCAUUUGCUUCUUCCGUCAGCAGUGGUGCCAGUGUAUAAUAACGUUACACCGCAGAGUGUGCGGUAACGUUUUACUGUCGCUACUUCAAUAAAGUUAUCGAUAAAACUAAUGCAACAGUGCAGAUAGAGUGAACUAGAGAUGGCCACAGCUGUGUCAGGUGUUAAUAGAAGGCGAUGUGGAAAAUCUUUGGCCGAUUUCACAGCUAAAUACCAAAACGUAGCAUAAUAUGGACAACGCGCAGUCCGCGGGCGAUGACAGCGAUAAUGAUGUGGUCACUGAUUUUCUAAACUCCAACUGCAAUAGCAGCGAGGCUACAACAGCAGCCACCACAGCCACAGUUCCAGCAGCCGUUUUUAAUGGCGGACAGCACAGUGUAACAGCAACAGUCAAUGCCAAAUCCUUGAACCAGACGCCGCGCGUCUCUGUCGAGAGCCAAAAUUACUGUAUACCUAUUAUAAACGCACCUGCAUCUGCAUCUACACCAGCACCUGCCAGAAGCAACAACAACAACCACCCUGUCAGCAAUAGCCAUUGUGCCAGCAACAACAACAACAUGAUUCCCACCAUAAACGUCACACCACACAGUCCCGCAUCGGCGAGUAAAUACAAUAACAUAUUCGAGGACACGCUCAGCCAGCUACAAAAUAUCCGCGAGACUGUGGUGCAAAUGAAAAACUCCAGCCAGCAUAUGCAAGAUGGUCUGUCCAACUAUGGUCUGCUAAAUGCGGCCAUUUUGAGCGCUUCGCUGCCCGAUUUAAGCGGCGGUAAUGGUGCCGGCAGUGGAGGCGGAACCUCUGGCCCACAUUAUGUUAUGUGGUCGACAGCUCCGCAGCAGUGUCUCCUCAACACGGAUCGACGCAAGUCCUGGACAACAGUCGAUGAUGCUAGCGUUGCUGGGGACUGCACCAACAAGAGCGUCAGCCUUUCCAGUUUGGACAGCGAAGAGCAGGAGACAAUACGUGUGACCGAACAACGACGCCGUUCUGCCCGCAACAGUACCGGCGGCAUUUCCACGCACUCGCUCAAUGAGGCGGAACUGGCUCGCGACUUUGAACGGAUUGCGGCGAAGAGAAGUCUCGCAACAGAGAUCAUCAGUCGAAUUCCAUUGCAGAAAAGCAUCUCGACCUCAUCGAUAAUUGCCAAGGAAGAUAUAAAGGCAAUUGCUCGCCAUUUGACCGACAGCGAGGAUGAGAAUCAGAGUUUAUUGCGAGCGCAUGCCAAAAUCGAAGUUUAUGAUAACGUUGAGAAACGACGCAAACGAGGAUCGCUCUUUUUUCGGAAAAAGAAGGACAAGGCUAAGAUGAAGUCGAUUGGGGGACAGUUUAGUGCCUGCGAUGUGUGUGGCGCCCAAAUAACGCUCGCCCAGAUCAAGGAACAUCAGCUGGAGUGUAAGCUGCAGAGCAAAAGGUUGAUGGCUGGAGCCGGUAUGGGCGGCAAGGGGCAAGCUGGCCAGGAUUACUACGAUGGCAAUGAUGCACAUGCGCUCAACGAUGAUACGCCGUUGAUUCGCGCUGAAUUUCUCAAUGAGCCGCCUAUAGAAGCGCAUGAUUUGGGGGCGGAUCCGAUGCUGGGCAUUGUGCUAAAGGAGCACGACUCCUGGACUCCUGGCGUGCCAAAGGAUUUGUUGAAAACUCUGAAGGAGCUGCAAAUCAAGCGACAGGAGCACAUAUACGAGUUUAUAAUGACAGAGAAACAUCACUGCCAGACGCUGCUCGUCAUGCAAAAAGUGUUUGUGGAGAGUCUGGAGCGGCAUUUUCCUGCCUUCAACAUACACAGCAUGUUUCCGCGGCUCCAGCAGCUGACCGAUCUCCACACCUGCUUUCUGCGACAACUUCGCGAAAAGCAACGCGAGCAGCCUUUGGUGGACACAAUUGCCGACAUAUUGUUGGACUUUUUUUCGCUGGAGCAGGCACAGUGCCUGCGUCUGGCCUAUGGUGAGUUCUGUGCAAACCAUCGGACCGCACUCGAGCAAUUCAAGCAGUGUCUAAACGAGCCGAACUUCGCCGAGUGGUAUAAGCACUGUUUGCAGAAUCCGCUGCUCAAGAAGAAGGGAAUACCCGAAUGCAUUCUGUUUGUUACUCAGCGUCUGACCAAAUACCCGUUGCUGAUUGAGCCGCUCCUAAAAAGCGCACGCGAUAAUAAGCUGGAAACGGACAAACUGCAGCAUGCCCUUAAUUUGGUGAAAUCCCUGCUGGUCGAUGUUGAUGCCUGUGUGGCGGAGAAGGAGCUGCGCGAGCGUCAGCUUGAGAUCUAUGCACGUGUGGAUGCCAAGUCCUUUGCCAUCUACAAGAACAAGCCUUUUCGCAAGACCGAGCUGGGAGUGGAGUCGCGUCGUCGGCUGAAAUUCGAGGGUCUCGCCACCCUUAUGCAGGGCCGCGCUAAGACCCAACUAGUGUUGGUGGUGGUACUCACCGACUGCCUAUGCUUUCUCAGCGAGAACUCAGCCCAUAAUAAGUACACCUUCUUCACACCAGAACACAAAGCAGGUGUGGUGCCUCUGCAGAAGUUGCUCAUAAGGGAGAAGGCCGGUACGGAGUCGCGCGGCAUUUACAUUAUCUCCAGCAACCCGGACUUCCCCGAAAUGUACGAACUAAAAGUGCAGACGCCAAAGGAUAAACACAUUUGGAUACAAUCUAUACGCCAGGCGGUGUUAGAUUGUCCGGCCACAGACAUCAUUGAGGCCGAGGACUUGACGGCAGAGGAGAAAUUGCGUAUAGGCGUAAACAAGCGAGAGACCAUCGAGAAAAUGCGCCAAAAGGACAUUGAACAGGCGCUCCUAUUGGAGGAGAAACUGAUGCUGCAGCUGAAUCUUAUGAAAGAGCACCAACACUUCAGUGCAACCCCCGCAACGAAUGGCCAGCCAGCGGCGAUGAGCGCAGCCAAUUUCCUGGCAGCCUUUGGCUCAUACAAGGAGCUCGUGAAUGCCGACUGCGAUACGACUGAGCUAUGGCGGCGUGUGCUCAACACUGUGCAAGACAUCAGUCAGCUGGCGGCGACUAUUUACACCGCCGCCACAGGCCUGCCCGUGUCUCGCACGGUUAGCUCUGUUGGUGAGAAGCAGAGCGACAACUAUAACUCCCCCACAUUGCCGAAGCGGGCGGAAACCUUUGCAGGCUUUGAUGAGAAACGCGGAAAGCUUGGAGCUGCAUUUCCAUGCCGUGAUGCCACCAAGCUGGCGACGCUCCAGGUGCUCUCUCCACGUCUGCAGGAGCUGGAGGAGAAACGCGAGCUGAAAACUACUGCAACACCAAUGGCUGUGCCGGAGCCACCCCAACUGCAUGCCAGCACCGUGCCAGCGGCCAUUGAUGCAUCGGCGCUUAAGGAAUACAACUAUGCUGUGCUGCAGGUCUCCCAUCACCUGCACACGCUGCUCUGCAUAAUCUCGCAGCAAAUGACGACCAUACAGAGCUUGCAGCUGCAACUGGCACUCUAUAGGGAAAGCCCACGCAGCGCAUACACACACAACGAUCAGCUGGAGGAAUUGCGCAAUCUACAGGAUAAGCUGCAAGAGGAGAAAACCGCCUGGUUGCGUCAGAAGGAGCAGCAGGAGCAGGAACUGGCCGAGACACGUGCCCAACAGCUGCAGUUGCAACAGCAAAUCAAGGCAGAGCAGGAAGAUGUGCGACAGCAACGAGAACAGCUGUAUCGCAAAAUGGAGCUGCUGAGCAGUCAGGGAUUGCUACUCUCGCCCAGCACCACACUUCCCAUAGCUUCGCCAACGCUGGCAGCGGCUGUGGCGGUGGCUGCAGCCGCAUCGGCCACUGCCGAUGACAGCCACGAGACGGAUAAUGGUGCUCCAACUGUUCCCACAACAGCUACGACACCGGCAGGCACUGUGGAUCGUCGCAAAGAUAAAUGGCGUACUGCCUCGACUAUAUCGAAGACGCCGCCUGUGAAUCUGCAUAGCGCCACAAACGCGCCCAAAGCCAAUGCGGCCACUGUCAAGCAGAAACUGCCCAUGAAGCUAUCCUCUCUCUCCUCUACCACCAGCAGUAGCGCGACGCGCAUCGAUAAAUCUGCCAGUUUCAACAAUUCCAGCCCCAAUGUGGGGGUCCAGCAGUUAUUUCCACUGAAGCUAGCGGAUAAGCGACAAGCGGCAGUAGCUACACCUACUUCCACUGCCGCCUCACCGUCCAUAGUGCCGCAGCACUCUCGCACGGGCAGCUCCCCUGCAAUUAUUCAACAAACGGGGGCUCACACACCCACCAGCACCGGCGGAAUAUCACGUGCGGAUUCCGCAGCCACACAGCCCCAUUACGCGCAUCAUGUCGUAACGCCGCAUCAACGCUUAGGUGGACAGACUCCCACAAGCAGUCGCAACAUGAGCUCCCGGACGAAUAUUACACCAGUGGUGGUGCCCAGCGGUCAAGCGCCGCGUGCCAAACCCGAGGAGGAGGAAAUUUACUUCUGACGCAAAUUCACGCCAGAAGUAGAAAUCUAAACACACAUCUCAUUCCAAAGCAACAUAACAUUCCACAUAUCCAUAUCACACUCUUCCCCUCUCGCUAUAUACAUAUGUACAUAUGUAUGUAUAACUAACUAUGUGUGCAAUAACUCAUUAAUUGUAUGUAAACACAAAAAUGUUUGUUCCACACAACGUAUUUACAAGAAACUAGCAUCUCAAACUGUAGUGCAGGCUCUCAAACUGUAAACGAUACCUUGCUCAAUGCAUUUUGAAUUCUCAUUGCAUUUUAUUAACUGACUAUACUUACUUGUAUUCCUUUUUUUAGACUUUUUAGUAUGUGUAUGUGUGUUGUUUAUUAACUUAUUUACUUAUAACAAAGUAUGUAACUCUAUUUUGAAUGACGCGUUCAUUUUGUUCUGAAACGAAUUUUUCAUACUUCCAAAUAUAACUAUGUACUUAGAUAUUAAGGUAUUAAAAC